GCGAACGAGAGCGAGAUAAAAAAAGGAAAGAGCCUCUCCCCGAUUAUCCCAACCCUUCUAUCUCUCUCUUGCUCUUUUUCGGUCUCUCUCUUUCUCUGUGGGUAGCCGUUGCUGAGCAUCUUGCAAUCCGACAGUAGAACGCUCUCCGCCGACCGAGAUCGAUGGCACAGAGGUUUGCAGGAUUUCCCCCUCUUCUCUUUUGAGUCUUGGCUCGUAUAAGGAGGCUAAUCGCAAUUCGUGAUGCAAGGGGUGUGAAUCUUUCCGUGCGUUAUGGAAUCGGGGAUCGCGGAUGAGUUGGGGGAUUGUGGCUUUGGAGGCGGGAUUUUUGGACUAGGCUUUUCCGUGUCCUUCCGUUGGCAGUUCCAGCAUUCGCGGGAUUUUCCUUCCGGUUGAUUUUCAUCGCGGUGGAGGUUACAUGGAGCAUAUGGCCCUGAGGAAGUACAUUCCUCCAAAGAGUGAAUCUGGUCUUGAUAUGACUGCCUCAUGCAUUCCAAGUAAGAUAUCAGAGACCAUUCCAUAUGCAGAACAGGGGGAUAUGUCUGGCCCUGCUGUGGAGACAGAUGUUGAGAUCGAUCUUAGAGAAGUCUACUUUUUGAUCAUGCAUUUCCUAUCAGCUGGGCCAUGUCACCGAACAUAUGGACAAAUCUGGAAUGAGCUUUUGGAGCAUCAGCUUCUACCUAGAAGAUAUCAUGCAUGGUACUCAAGGACAGGUGCCUGCAAUGGGGAUGAAAAUGAUGAUGGCAUGUCACUGCCAUUAAGCUACAAUAAAUUGGUAGAAAGGUAUCCUCACAUUGAGAAGGACCAUUUAGUGAAACUAUUGAAACAAUUAUUAGUUGUAGGAGCUUCUCCUUCGCAAGACAUGCCCCGUGCAAAUGCACUGACUGCUGCCGAUGUGCCUACCCUUCUUGGAAAUGGUUCUUUUUCACUUAUUGACUCUGAGAGAAGUAAAGAUGAGAAAAUAAUGAAGGUGCCAACUUAUCUGCGCUGGCCACAUAUGCAAGCUGAUCAAGUGCAUGGUUUAAGCUUGAGGGAGAUUGGAGGUGGUUUUACUAAGCAUCAUCGUGCGCCAUCCAUUCGUGCAGCUUGUUAUGCUAUUGCUAAACCAUCAACCCUAAUGCAAAAGAUGCAGAUAAUUAAAAAAUUGAGGGGACACCAAAAUGCUGUAUACUGUGCCAUUUUUGAUCGUUCAGGGCGAUAUGUGAUUACUGGGUCAGAUGACCGUCUUGUCAAGAUAUGGUCCAUGGAGACUGCAUUUUGUUUGUCUAGCUGUCGUGGACAUGAAGGAGAUAUUACAGAUUUGGCUGUGAGUUCAAACAACACCUUGGUGGCAUCUGCUUCAAAUGAUUUUAUUAUUCGAGUUUGGCGCUUGCCUGAUGGGAUGCCAAUUUCAGUCUUAAGGGGUCAUACUGGUGCUGUCACAGCCAUUGCGUUUAGUCCAAGGCCAUCUGCUGUUUAUCAGCUUUUAUCGUCAUCUGAUGAUGGAACAUGUAGGAUUUGGGAUGCUAGAUCUUCUAGUGUAAAUCCCCGUAUUUACCUCCCAAAACCUCCAGAAACUGUAGCAGGAAAAAGUAAUGAACCUUCUCAAGCAUCCAGCCAACGAAAUCACCAGAUCCUAUGCUGUGCAUUCAAUGCUAAUGGCACUGUUUUUGUCACGGGUAGCUCUGAUACAUAUGCAAGGGUGUGGAAUGCUUGUAAGCCGAACUCAGAGGACUCUGAUCAACCAAAUCAUGAAUUGGAUGUAUUAGCUGGCCAUGAAAAUGAUGUGAAUUAUGUGCAGUUUAGUGGAUGUGCUGUGGCAUCUAGAUCUGGUACUACUGAUGCUUCAAGGGAGGAAAAUGUUCCGAAAUUUAAGAAUUCCUGGUUUACCCAUGACAAUAUAGUUACCUGUUCCCGUGAUGGCAGUGCAAUAAUUUGGAUUCCUAGAUCACGUCGUUCACAUGGGAAAGUUGGACGUUGGACUCGUGCGUACCAUCUCAAAGUUCCGCCACCACCAAUGCCACCUCAACCUGCACGUGGCGGACCGCGGCAGCGAUUUCUGCCAACACCUCGUGGUGUUAAUAUGAUUGUUUGGAGCUUGGAUAAUCGGUUCGUCCUUGCUGCUAUUAUGGAUUGCAGAAUUUGUGUCUGGAAUGCUGCUGAUGGCAGUUUAGUGCAUUCUUUAACAGGACACAGCCAAUCUACAUAUGUUCUGGAUGUACAUCCUUUCAAUCCUCGGAUAGCCAUGAGCGCAGGAUAUGAUGGGAAGACGAUAGUGUGGGAUAUAUGGGAGGGCAUACCUGUACGCACAUAUGAUAUAGGGCGCUUCAAACUCGUAGAUGGAAAGUUCUCACCGGAUGGGACAUCAAUAGUACUUUCAGAUGAGGUUGGGCAGAUAUAUAUACUAGCAACUGGACAAGGGGAAUCUCAGAAGGAUGCCAAAUAUGACCAGUUUUUCCUUGGAGAUUAUCGACCCCUCAUCCAAGAUACAAAUGGAAAUGUUCUGGAUCAGGAGACCCAGCUGCAACCUUACCGACGAAACAUGCAAGAUCUCCUCUGUGAUUACGGUUUGAUUCCUUAUCCUGACCCAUAUCAAAGCAUGUACCAGCAGCGGCGUUUAGGUGCACUGGGAAUCGAAUGGCGUCCUCCUUCUGUAAACCUAGCAGUUGGUCCUGUAGAUUUUAGCAACCUUGGUAUUCAAGACUACCGUCUCCACUUUCCCCAAGUGCAUUUGGAUGGAGAUUUGGACAGAUGGCUUGAACAGCCAACAGAUUUUACAGAUGUUAUAGACUGGGAACCCCAGGACAAUGAUAUCCAAAGUGAUGAUAAUGACUCCGAGUAUAAUGUGACAGAAGAAUCUUCUAGUGAAGGGGAACAUGUUAGUAUCAGCGCCAGUUCUUCUGAAGAUUCACUUUCUGGUGCAGAGGACAGUGAUGAUGCAGGUCCCAGUAAUGAACACGUUAGACGGUCUAAGCGGAAAAAGCGCAGAGAGCAGGUGGAAUUUAUUACAUCUUUUGGUAGGAGAGUUAAGAGGAGAAACUUGGAUGAUAAUGACAGUACAUUUUCCCAGUCUGGCAAAUCUAAGAAGCGAAAAAAUGGAUCGUCCUCUAGGAAGAAUAAACGAGCCGUAAAGUCAUCUAGACCACAGAGGGUUGCUGCACGUAAUGCUCUCAAUCUUUUCUCUCGAAUUGGUGGAGUAUCUUCUGAUGGAGAAGAAGAUGCUGAUAGUGGGUCAGUAGAUGGUGAAACAGUAAAAACUGACUCAAAUAUUUUAAGCAAUGGAUCAGGUGAAUUGAUGCAUCUUUCCAAUCACAGACAUGUGCGUGAAAAUGGUGUUUCACCUCCUGAGUCAACUGUUGCUAAGGUUCAUGAACAUCAUGAAUCACAAAUGAAAACCGGAGCAAAGAAAAGAUUGGUGGUUAAAUUUCCUCUUCGUGAUUCAAAGAAGCUGCUUCCUUCAGAGGGCACCAGUACUCUCUCCCAUGGUCAUGGUAACAGAAUGACAUCUGUUUCAGGAGCUUCUGAAAUGAGAGAUCCACAAGAAGCUGAACCAAAUGCUGUGCAGCAGGUUUGGCCAGUUGCAUCGUCAAGCAAAAAGAAAUCUGAUCCCAAGUGUGCGGUUGAUGAGAUAGUUGAUACUGUGUUUUCUGAAAAUAACAGUGGUAAACCACCUGACAAUGAUGAGGCCUUUGAGAAGAUCGAUGGCCAUCAUGUCUCUUCUACAGGGCAAAAGGACAGUGAGAUAAAAUGGGGAGAAGUGAAAGCACGCACGUCAAAGCGUUUGCGUCUGGGAGAUGCUUCAGCAAUGGAUCCAUGGCCAUCAUCAAGUUGGAGGCCUGACAUUCCAGAAAAGAUUGAGAACAAUGGCAGUUGCCAAGAAAAAUCAAUUCAGGACAGUCGCUUGGUUUCAGGUGAAUCUGGUAGAAUACCGGAUGUAGACAAAGCAACUGGUGAAGUCCUGCAAGAAGUUAAGUUACUUGGCAAGGAAAAGUUGGGUGUUUCUGCUUCUUUGAGGCCUGAUGCUCCUGGACAUUCUUGGCACCCUGCAGCAGAGAACACAGUCUUGAUGAACAACAAGUAUGAUGGUGAUGAUCGUGCAGCUGAUGGUGCUCAUGAGAUGGAGGAGGGGGCAAUUCUGAAUACAGAUGAGAAAUUCCUGGAUCAGUCCAUAUCUGUCAAAGACAAUGAGUUGAGUUCUGAGAAUAUCCUUGAAGUAUCCAGCAAACUUAUAAAAAGUAAAGACAAAUAUUUGGAGAUCAAAUACCAAAAUGAGAACGUUCAUAAUUUUGAACUCAACGGAAAAAUGCGUACUGUAGGUUGCAAGUUAAAGAUAAAAUCAAGACAGCAAACAAAAGAAUCUUGUGGCUCAUCAGCAAAGAUGCAGCAUAUAAGUGAUGAUUGGAAAGGCUCUGACAGUAAAGUACUACCUAGAAGUCCAAGAAGAAAGAAUGAGAAUGAAACAUUUGCUUUUAGUGGCGAGGAUGAUAGUGGUACUGAACCUAGCCUCAGCCAUGGAGAAUGGGAUGAGAUCACGGAUAUUCGGUAUAAAAUCGAUAAGCAACCUGGUACUUCUACAUCAUACGAUUGUAGGAAUUCAAGUCCUGACAGGUCUAAAAAGCUGUACGCUGCUGCCCAUAAAAGGUCAAAAUCUUCAUGGGUGAAAGAUGAUCCAGACUUGGAAAGUGUUUCUUACAUGGAAGAAAACAUUGCUACUGUGAAAAGGCAAUCUCAGGACAUAAGGGGUUCUUCGAUGUUGCCAGCUGAUUCUUACAAAUUGCGUACCACAGGGAAAUCGUCUAUUAGGUUUUCUAACAGGGGUUCUGCACCCUGUGAUUUGAAAGCCCAGGAAGAACGCAGGUUUUCAGAAAAAGAGGGAAAGCACAAUUUAAGCCUUGAGGAUGAUGAGCAAUUUUUUCAUGACGACUGGAGAACUAGUUCACGGACAAGCGUUGGGUUAAGGUCCAGUAGGAGCAGGAGAGCAAGCUUCUAUGGUGGUGAACAGAGCUUUUCUGAUAGGAAAAGGACCCAUCAGCCAGUUCGAAAACAUUCAUGGUUGACUUUGUCAGAACAUGAGGCUGGUUAUCGGUAUAUUCCCCAAAAAGGUGAUGAAGUUGCGUAUCUACGUCAGGGCCAUCAAGAGUUUUUAGAACUGAGCCGUUUGCAAGACACAGCACCUUGGAGACUUCAUAAGAAUUUAAGGGCUGUUGAAUUUUGUAGUGUUAGAGACCUGGAAUAUUCCUCUCUUCCAGGGUCUGGUGAAAGUUGCUGCAAGCUUUCUCUUGAGUUUAAUGAUCCUUCAUCCAACCUAUUUGGUAAAACUUUUAGGUUGACUUUGCCAGAACUGACAGAUUUUCCUGAUUUUCUUGUUGAAAGAUCACGGUUUGAUGCUGCUAUGUCUAGAAACUGGACACACAGGGAUAAGUGUCAGGUCUGGUGGAGGUGUGAGGGUGGUGAAGGUGGUAGUUGGUGGGAAGGGAGAAUUUUGGCAGUAAAGCCAAAAUCGGCUGAAUUUCCUGAUAGUCCAUGGGAAAGAUGUAUCAUUCAGUACAAGAGUGAUUCAUCAGGUCAACAUCUCCAUAGCCCAUGGGAACUACAUGAUCCAAAUGGCCCUCAAUGGGAACAUCCACAGAUUGAUGAUAGGACCAAAAGGAAGUUGAUUUCUUCCUUUCAUGAAAUUGAGUGCAUAUCCAACAAAAGCCAGGAUCAUUAUGGACUUCAGAAGCUGCAGCAAGUUGCAGUGAAGUGUGAUUUUCUAAACAGAUUUCCCGUUCCCCUCUCCUUUGACUUGAUCAAGACAAGGUUCGAGAAUGGCUACUAUCGCAGUGUAGAGGCAUUCGAGCAUGACCUGACCGUAAUGCUGUUCAAUGCUCAAGCAUAUUUUGGCAAGAGCGCCGAGAUGUCCAACAAAAUGAGACGGUUGGCUGAAUGCAUUGGACGUAGUUUUUCAUUGUAGCCUGCAGGAGAACAGUUUUGUAGAGCCGUCAGAAGUGACCUGAGUCAGCUAAUUAUUGUAGAUAUCUUUUUCUUUUCUCUUUCGUUUUGUAGCCUCCUCUCUAAUCCAAUUUUUGAAAUUGGUUCUUUACAUGAUGAUUCAUGUGGCUGCUCCUGGGUGGGUUAUUUGAAGCUGGUUGUGUAAAAUCGCCAACCAGAAUUUUUUGUAUAGACACAGCUUCUUUAAUAAAGUUAUGUUUCUCUCUC